GUAAGAAAGGGGGCGAGAUAGGCGCGCAGGCGGCAGAAGCCUUUGCCUCCGCGACCGCGCGGGCCGCAGCCUCCGCGCCCCGCCGCCCGCGGUCACAUACUCGGAGGCUUCCCGCGGGCGGGAGAGAGUCCACAGCGAUGCGCCCAGGCCGGCGGUGAGGCGGCGGCGCGGGAGCAGCAGCAGCAGCAGCGGCGGUGACCGCGGCCGAACCCAGACCCCAAGGUGCCGCGGCGCCCCAAGUUCCCGCCAUGAACAGUCGGCUCUGGAUGCUCCACGGCUCUGGGAACUCCCGCCCGGCGGAGCACGACCACAACGCCUCGCGGCCCCGACACUCCUAACGCCGCCCCUCGCGGGUCCCGCGGCCGCCGCCUCCCGCGUCCCCGCCGCCUCCUUUUCGGCCGGCGCAGCGCCACCAGCAGCAUGUCUCGAAGGAAGAUUUCGUCCGAGUCCUUCAGCUCCCUGGGCUCUGACUACCUGGAGACCAGCCCGGAAGAGGAGGGGGAGUGCCCCUUGUCUAGGCUCUGCUGGAACGGCAGCCGCAGCCCGCCAGGGCCUCUGGAGCCCAGCGCGGCGGCUGCCGCCGCCCCGGCCCCGGCAUCCUCCACCAUUGCCGCUGCCGCUGCCGCUGCCACCGCCGCCAGCUCCACGGCAGGGGCUAGGAGAACGCAGCGCCGGAGGCGGGUCAACCUGGACUCGCUGGGUGAGAGCAUCAGCCGCCUGACGGCGCCCUCGCCCCAGAUGAUACAGCAGACUCUUAAGAGGACAUUGCAGUAUUAUGAGCACCAAGUUACUGGUUAUAGGGAUGCAGAAAAGAAUUUCUACAAUAUCUCUAACAGAUGCUCCUAUGCAGACCAUUCCAACAAAGAGGACAUUGAAGAGGUCUUGGGAAUUCUUCAGUGUACUGCUAAUGUACUCGGUUUGAAGUUUGAGGAAAUUCAAGAAAGAUUUGGUGAGGAGUUCUUUAAUAUAUGCUUCGAUGAGAAUGAAAGAGUUCUUCGAGCUGUAGGUGGCACGUUGCAGGACUUUUUUAAUGGCUUUGAUGCUUUAUUGGAACACAUUAGAACUUCUUUUGGAAAACAGGCCACUCUGGAGUCUCCGUCAUUCCUAUGCAAAGAGCUCCCUGAAGGUACUCUUAUGCUUCACUACUUCCACCCUCACCAUAUUGUGGGAUUUGCAAUGCUUGGGAUGAUUAAAGCUGCAGGAAAGAAGAUCUAUCGGCUGGAUGUAGAAGUUGAUCAGGUUGCAAAUGAGAAACUGUGCUCAGAUGGUUCAAACCCAGGCAACUGUAGCUGUCUUUCUUUCCUUAUCAAACAAUGUGAAAAUACUAAUAUCACGAAGAACCUUCCACAGGGAACCUCCCAAGUUCCUGCAGACCUGAGAAUUAGCAUCAACACCUUCUGCAGAGCCUUCCCUUUCCACUUGAUGUUUGACCCCCACAUGUCAGUCCUUCAGCUGGGAGAAGGACUAAGGAAACAGCUCCGAUGUGACACUCACAAAGUGCUUAUGUUUGAGGACUGCUUCGAGAUCGUUUCUCCAAAGAUUAAUGCCACCUUUGAAAGGGUCCUGCUGCGACUGUCUACUCCGUUUGUGAUCAGGACCAAGCCUGAGGCUUCUGGCACUGAGAAUAAAGAAAAGGUGAUGGAAGUGAAAGGACAAAUGAUCCAUGUCCCAGAAUCAAAUUCCAUUUUGUUCUUGGGUUCUCCAUGUGUGGACAAGUUGGAUGAACUUAUGGGACGAGGACUGCAUCUCUCGGACAUCCCUAUCCAUGAUGCGACCCGAGAUGUCAUUUUGGUUGGCGAGCAAGCAAAGGCUCAGGAUGGCUUGAAGAAGAGAAUGGAUAAAUUAAAAGCAACUUUGGAAAGAACUCACCAGGCCCUAGAAGAAGAGAAAAAAAAGACAGUGGAUCUUCUAUAUUCUAUUUUCCCUGGUGAUGUAGCCCAGCAGUUGUGGCAAGGCCAGCAAGUGCAGGCCAGAAAGUUUGAUGAUGUCACCAUGCUCUUUUCAGACAUUGUUGGCUUCACAGCCAUAUGUGCCCAGUGUACCCCCAUGCAGGUGAUCAGCAUGCUGAAUGAACUGUACACAAGAUUUGACCACCAAUGUGGAUUUUUGGAUAUUUAUAAGGUGGAAACAAUAGGUGAUGCAUACUGUGUUGCUGCAGGGCUCCACAGAAAAAGCCUUUGCCAUGCUAAACCCAUUGCUCUGAUGGCCCUGAAGAUGAUGGAACUUUCAGAAGAGGUGCUGACACCUGAUGGAAGACCAAUUCAGAUGAGGAUAGGCAUUCACUCGGGCUCUGUGCUGGCUGGAGUUGUUGGAGUGAGAAUGCCACGAUACUGCUUGUUUGGAAAUAAUGUCACUCUGGCAAGCAAAUUUGAAUCGGGAAGUCACCCUCGACGCAUCAAUGUCAGCCCAACCACUUACCAGUUAUUAAAACGAGAAGAAAGUUUCACAUUUAUUCCUCGAUCCCGUGAAGAGCUUCCAGACAACUUUCCAAAGGAAAUCCCUGGGAUCUGCUAUUUCCUGGAGGUAAGAACUGGUCCUAAGCAGCCAAAACCUUCUCUUUCUUCUUCAAGAAUAAAAAAGGUUUCCUACAACAUUGGCACCAUGUUCCUCCGGGAGACAAGCCUCUGAGACUUGCUGCAGAUCAAAGACUCCUCCAAAAAGCACAAGCCCAGAACAUGGGUCAUGACAGGAAAAUGGAGAGAUUGUUUUUCUUUCACUGCUUUGUUGAGAACAAGCUGUGGAAUUUCUGUUAUGUCAGGCAAUAAUCCUAGGAAAAGGUGGAUGAUGACUGUCAAUAAAAAAACUGGAGGACAGGGGGAAAUAAGAUGUGUCCAUUCUUAUGAAUGUUUUUGGAUGACGAGUACAGGCAUCUUUCAAAACUAAUCAAUAAAUAGGUUCCAUGUCUUCUUGUUUGUCACAUGUAAAGGUAUCUUUAUCUAUAUAUUUGUAUCACUUUUGAGAGUCAGUUUUGAUUAUAUAUUCCUACAUUUAGUGCGUUGGUAUGAGAGGAAUAUUUUCUAAUUUUGUUUUUUCUGAACAGACAUUUCAUACAUGUAUCAUGGCAGUGUGGUAAACUUCCCAGCAGGAAAAAACUGUAAUUCAGCAAAAUAUUUUAGGGAUAUUACCUAUUUUUAUACAUAUCUCUUCUAGAUAACUACAUUUCACACGGCAUUAUUAGAUUUUCAGAAUCUGCUACUGUGUAUUUGGUAUACUAUGUAACUCUAACCUGUUAGUUGAAUAUAGUUUCACUAAUUAAGAGAGAUUAGUGCUUGGACUGAAAAUACAUAUAACCUAGGAUUUCAGAUGCUGGAAAAGCAUUGUAUAUCUGCUUAGUAAAUAUAUCUUUUAGAUUUGGUUAAUGUAGCAUAGAAUCCAGAUGAAAUCAGAUUUCCUAAUAGCAAUAUACAUAUCUGUAACCAAAAUUAAAGGUUUUUCUGUCAUCUUCUAACAAGUAUCAAUGAAAAUAAAAUGCUUUGCUACCUUAGAAACUUUUCAAUUUAGCACUUCUAAAUAUAAAUAGUUUUUACAAUGUACUAAACUGCGUUCUAAUUAAUAGCAUCCUACUAAAUAACAAGGUAGUCCACCCUCCUCCCCUGCCCCUCAUCUUCCUCAAUGAAUGCUUCCUAAGUGCAAACUGCCACACUUAGGAACAAAUUCCUAGAUACUGGCAUUAGUGAGAAAGAGGUGUAGGAUAUUUUGCAGAGAGUGUUGUUUCUUCUUACAUAAUAAAAGGAAGGAAAAAUACUAUAUUUUAUGGCUUUGAGAUUAAAAACAAAUGUUCUUCUGCAGUUUGUUUGAUGUGACUUUUUAAUUAGUGAAUCACCUUCAUUAACUAACUAACUUUCAGAACUAGUAAUCACCAUAGUUACAGAUAGGUUUCCAUUGCAUGUUCUAGAAAGUAGGCCUGUUCUCGUAAUUAACAGUGCAUGAAAAUAUUACAGACUCACCCUGAAAUUAGGAGCACAGUGUGUCUAGAGUUUUCCUGUAUUGGACCAGAUAUAAACCUGUUUCAUUUAUUUCCUUGAAAUCUUGGGGUGGCCAUUUUCUUACUCCAUUAAGUAUACUCAUUGGUCGCUUAUGUCUACUGAGUACAAUAUAUUUCUUUUUCUGAUUAGAAAUUUUUGCUGCAUUAUCAUUUAGUUAUGACGUAACUCAGCUAAUGAGCAUAAUAACUAGUUUCAAAUGGUGUCUGUGAGGAUUAUUAAUGUUUUUCAUGCUCUAAGUGUGUAGCUAGAAAAAAUUUUAGAUACGGAAAUUAUUGUUAUAAUGAUGAUCAUUUUUUAUGAUUGUUGAACUCUGUUCUCUUCCUGGGGCACAAGAGCAACACUCUUCAUGUGGAGACAGGACCUGGACCCUGAGCUCUCUGAAUCCUUGCCCAUCCUUUUUUCCCUGGGUAUAGGUAUCUGUUUUUAACAACAUGUGGGCAAGAAGGCAAGGGUAUUUACAGGAGGCUGUGUAGGCUGAAGACAAGUUGCUUUCAUGGGAAUGAUUACUUACAAAAGAAUUGCUUUAGAGGACUGAGUGAUUUAACUCACUUCCUUCAUAGGGAACAGAGGGCAACUUUACAGUUAGUGUGGAAAGAACAGGGUCUUGGAGCACUUCCUUCGUCCUGCUGAGAGUAGGAAAUACCUUAGCUGUGCUGAUGGGCUUCUUAUAGCACAGGAGCAUGGGGAGAGAACCAAGCUCACUGAAGUCAUUUAUGCUUGUUCUGCACAGUAAUUUAAAGCUUAUUAUAGUAAACCAUAAAUGUUUUGGUGGUAAACAGUGUAUUUGUAAUCUUGAGAUUGAAAGGGACUUCUAGGAAUCAUCCAAUCUAUUUCUCUGCUUUUGUAAAAAUUUGUCUAAGUACCUCUUCUAAGUGUAUGGUUAUUCUCUUUAUACUUAAAAAUACCUGUGGGAAGGAUAUUUUAAAAUCAUCCUUGAAAAUCCUGUUCAUUAUUUAGUACUUGGUGAUAUGACCUUGGAUAAGAAUUGUAUAUACAUUAAAUUUAUCAGAAGAAUAACAAAUCGUUUUUGAGUUUAUAUGGUUUUACCUAGAGAAGAAUAGCCGUUUAUGUUGUCACAAAUAUCACAAUGAAAAAUAUACCAGAGAUUUAACUAUCAUAGACAGGAUAUAAAUUACAUUUUUCAUACAAUAUAAUCUAAAUUGUAUCUUUGAAACUAUAGUCUGAGGCAAUGGUCUGAUCUAUUAUCGGUUUGCCAAACUAGUAUAGUUGAUUAUUAUAGCUACACUUUCCUAUAUGUAUUUGCAAAAUACUGUAUAAAAUGACAGUUCAUUCUAGCUGUAAUCCUCAAAUGCAAAAGCUGUGAAAAAGCAUUACACUUUUAUUUUUCCUAUAGAGUAUUGUACAUGUAUCUUCCAUCAGGAAUUAUGAUCGUAAUAAAGGGUGGCAGGUGGUGUUUCAUUUGACUAAUACAGUAUUCUUACAUAUAAACUAUUACAUACAUUAUGAUUUUAGUGUGACAGAUUAAAAGAAACUUAAAUGGAUGUCCCUUUUGAAAUCAAAUGAUAUUAAAUUCGGGAAAUGGUUUUAAUCCAUUGAAAAGCAAUAUUUAAGAUAUAAUAAAGCAUCUAUAGUUCCUCUGUUUUAGUAUUCUUUCAAGUAACUGAUUUGAAGUAGUUACUUUAUGACUAACCAUCAGUAUUGAUGCUUCAUAUUGGCAUCAGUAUCAUUUUGAUGGAAAGAAUGUCAUUGUCUACAAAUAAAUCAGUUAUCUAACAAAAUCAGAAACUCCCAUAUGUACCACAAAUCUACUGCACAAUAUAUGUUUUAUGAACUUUAACAAAUAGGGAACACUAGCCAUAAUAAAAAGAAUAAUACUCAAUGUCUGAACACAAAUAACUGGAUUUCUUGGCGGUAUAUUAUUUAGUGGAGAAGGGAAGAAGAUAUAUCUCCUAGGUAACAGUUUGGUCCAACUGUCUAAAACCUGCCUCAAAAUUCAUAUUUUCUCUAAUAUUUCAAAUUAAUUUUGAUUUCCCUUUUAAUGCCUGAUUAUGUGUGGAAUCCCUUGACCUAUGUGUGGCCUAUUCUGACUCUGAGAUAGGCACUGAUGCCUGAGACCUGAGAGUGGGUCUGUGGAUUCAGCAUUUCAAAUAUGAACUCUCUUGCUCUCACACUGUUCUUGUCCAUUGACAACAGUAUUGGGAACAUAGGGUUUUAUUGUGAAAGUGCAAAAUUAUGUGCCUGUCCAGGAAAAACAGAGAGAAACAGAAUAACUUAAGCAAACUUCAAUCACAAGUGCAGGAAGUCUUUUAAUUUGGCAAAUUCCUCCAAAGAGUUAUAGCAAUAAAGCAAAAUUAAAUUGAUUCAAAAGGCAAAGUCACAGAAAAUUUGGAAAACCACUAGGCUGUUUUCUUCCACAGAAUCAUAUUGCUACCAGUUGAAAUGGUAUGUUAGAGGUUGUGCAAUAUGAAGACGAAGUUAAAGAUUAUGACCAUCAAUAAAUGUAGUUAUGUAUCGAAGGCUCCCUGGGUUCCUGACCUGCUGAAGGCAGGUUUGUGGAUCAUCAGAGCAGAGAGUAAAACUUCUACAUGUAGGUUCCUGUCAUGUCAUGCAUUUUAAGCAUAACUUAACCCAUGCCCAGACCCUCUCUUACUCCAUGCUAUCACUGGAAACUAUCUCACCCUUUUAGGUUUGGCUCCAUCAAACAUCAUCCUCUUUGUACCUCUGAACCUGACAUGGCCAUAGAAAGUUUCUGAUGCUUAUUUCAGGCAGAUUGGAAAACCCACCUAACUCGAACCCCAAGUAACAAUGCACUUCUGAAGUGAACUAACCAUCCUCACUUGUGUUGGGGCAUUCUUACAUGUGCAGCUCUUCUUUCUCUCUUUGCUCUCUUCAAAAUACAGUUUGACUCUGAGCACUUGGUACAACUUCACUAAAUAAUGAAAAAAGAAUGUUCUGUUCAGAGUGAGUUACAUAUGGCUCUCAAUACUGUCUGGGUGACACCAGAUGCUUUUCAGCCAACAAUAGUAGAAACUCAAGUCCAAGUACAAAGCCCCACAUUGUAGCCUGGGUAUUUCUAUUAUUAGACUAUAGAUCUUCAGCUACAAAAAUUAUGUCAUUUCAGAGGCUUCUUUAAGCAUAUCUUAUUAGAUACAACCUGGAAAACAAUAUUGCAUGAGAGACUGAAUUAUUAAAGUUUAACAUAUUAUAGUCUGAAUGAUGAUUAUGGGUAGCUCUUGAUAUGAAUACACUUAAUUUAUAGUCAGCUGAUUUAACAUACACAUAAACUGUGUUAACAUGAUUGAACAAAUUUUAUUAAUUUGAUCCAGCUGUGGACUCAUUUCAGAAUCCUCAUGGUGGUGAAUAAAGAACAGAUACUGAUAAUAUUCACAGAUUAACAUAAAUCUUGGCAGAAUGUUGAGAUAGUGUGUAAAAUUCCUUCCUCACACUUGAUUCAAACAAUUGACACCUAAGUAUUAUCGUCCUGCCACCUUUCUGUUUCCUUUGUUCCUUUGUUCCUUCUUACUUUCAUAAAAAAGUCACUGAUGCCUUUAUAAUAUAGGGAAGUAUCACAGUUAACAUUUUGUUGUAGACUAGCUUUAUAAAGCAAUGCAUAUUCAGUGUGUGCGUGUGUUGAAUGUGGAUUUUACAUGAUUAAAAGGACUUGGGAUGUAGAGAAGUAAAGUUUGUGUCUUUUUUUCUAUUGUGUUGUGACCAGCUUUAGUCAAGUGCCUCAUUGCCAAUCCCACCUUUAUUAAGAAAUGAUCCUGUUCAGUGGUUCAACUCAUCAGCUUGGCAGUAUCUGACUGCCUUCAUAAGAAUUACUUAGGAAGCUGUUAGGGAUACAAGUUACUAUUCAGUAGGCCUCAAGUGGGGGCCUAGGAAUAUGUAUUUAGAAAAAAAUCACUCUAAGCGAUGCUAAUAUACAGCAAAUUUGAGAAUCAUUGAAGAAUAUUUAAAUAAUCCCAAUUAUUAGGAAUAAAUACAAUUUGAGAUAGAAAUUUAUUAUUUCAUUUGUAGUUAUUUUGAAAAGCUAGAUACCCCAUGCUUUGUAUAAUUAUUUCUUCUGCAAGUUUUAAUUUCAGCUUUGGUUUCAAAUUUAUGAUCUACUUUUUGACUUUUGAUAGGUGUUCAAACUUUUUAGAGACAAAGUCAACCCUGAUAACCAUGAGGGAUGAAUAUUGCUCACUAUAGGGCUAUUAGGCAUACUAGAUACAUUAUACCAUUGCUAGUUACUGCCCAAGCUGUGCAGUAGAUCACAAUAUUUGCUGAUACUCACCACUGAAAUAUAAACUAGGUACACUUGGACAGAGAAGCAAAUAUCAGAUGUUAAAGAGACAGCUUUAUUUCUGAAUGCUUUGAUUUUUAUGUUAUAAAAUAUCACCAACUUGAUAUUUAGUAUGACACUUGGAUGUGUACAUUCAUCUAAAAAUGAUCUCCUAGCAAUAUCUUAUAACAGCCUUUCAAGCAAUAAUCUAAGCCAUGGUGGUGAUGCCAUAUGAAACUUGUACUUCUGUGCACUUCAUAGAACUUUUAGGGAAACAGAGACUUGUUUUAUAUAAGCAAUAAUAUAGCUGGUGUAGACUUUUAUAAGAUAUUCACCAUUCUACUAUAACAAAAUGAACAGCAAGUGAUGACUCAGAUGAAAACUACCUGAGCAGUUAACAUGCUUAAUCUCUUUCAGAAGUCCUUCAUUUUCACACAUGCUGUAACAUAAUUAAUAUACUCUGAUCAGAUUGUUUCUGAUGUAUAAUAUUAAUAACCUUCAAAUAUGGUUACUAUUCUUCUCAAAAGAUUUGUGUGUGUAAUGUUGACCAGAUUUUCACAUCUUUGUAGUAUUUAGAAAAUAGGAGUAUUUUAAGGAUGGAUAAAUGAGUAAAAGUAUAGUAUAGAUAGAUGAGUUGAUUGAGAAUGUAGGCUUUGCAAAAAUAUAGAUGCAUAUUGGGAUAAGUUAAUUAAUGCAGGUGUUGGUUUGGUAAGGUCUGAGGAGAUGAAAGAUUAAAGAUAAAAAGAACUAUUAUCACCAUUUUCUGCGAUGGCAGACGUUUAGUAAGUACAGUAAUAUUUUGGCUUCCAGAAUGUGAUUGGUUGAAAUUCAUCUGUAGAAUAAUUACAAAAAGUCUGAAAAUGAUUAAAUAGUUACAUUUGAAAUAAUCUGCCCUUCUUAGUCAUUUUGAUGAUAGCACUAAAGCUUCCCACUUUCAAAAUGAAUAAUUAAUAUUUUUAAUUUUAUUAAAAUAUAAUUUAAAUCAAAUGUGGCACAAUCAAUAUUCAGUCCUUUAAUAGUUAAAUUACUGCUCUAUCAUUUAAAAUCAUGUAUUAGGAUUACAGUUAAAAGUAUCUGAUAAAUUUAUGAUAUAAUGAGGAACUUCUAAUUAUCCAGUUAUUAUUUAGCAAAAUUGUUUAAGCUUAGGAUUCAUUCUUAAGCCUCUAAAUAGGAUUACAGCUCCUAUUAUUCCCUAGCUGGAUCAACUCUCUUCUAAACGUGAAUCUGAACACAACUGGAAUUAUGCAUGGGUUUGCUAGUAUUUACCUUAGCAGAAUUUAAAUUAGCUGCCUCCUACCCACAAUUUAUAAAAUUCCUCUACACAAAUUAAACAGAGUUGUUGAGUCACUGAGAAAAAUUUUCUCCACUUAAGAAAGCUUUUGGCAAUCAUCUUUUUGUAUAUUAUUGGAUGCUUAACCCUUUGUUCUUUUGAUAAUAAAUAAUAAAAUACUUAAUUUGAAUCCAUUAAAUUACAGUGUUUCUUUUCCAAGUUAAUUCAUCUAGUUGCUGAUCAGACAAUUCUUAAUAUUAGACAUAAGUACUGUUGCUUAUUGUUUGAAAGCAAAAAAGACAAGAAAAACAAAAUGGCAUGCAUAAGUAAUAGUUAUUUUCUAAUUCCUUUGAUAAAUAUUUUUAAAAAUAAAAGAGUUGCUUUAUAUCUAUUCUUCUGUGGACUUUUUGCUAGUUGGGGAUAAAUAAUAGAUUAGUUUUACUGUGGGCUAUUAAGUGUAAUUAAAUAAUAGGAUAGUAAUAUAUCAAUUGCGAUAAAAUCAGCAUUUUGGGAAAUUCCUUCUUCGCAUCACCUCACUUUUUUAAGGAUAAUUCUUGCCAUUUUUGCCUGGUAGUUAUACAUCAGACUUAGGGUGCAGGGACAGAUGAAGAGGGUAGAAUGGGCAGGAGCUUUAUAUGAGACUGAGCAAAAAGAUUUAACAUUUUUCUUCAUGAAAGUAUACAUACUCCUAAAGCAGAGGUAAUUUUCACAAUAAACACAUGUAGUUUAGUGAAAGCCAAAUGAUUUAUUUGGUUAUUCUUAUUUUAAAAAGAUAAGAGAAAAAAAUCCCUCACAAUCUAUUUUCAGUUUUCUUAGGCAGUAGCAACAGCCUCUGAGCAGGAGCACACAUCAGUGAAACUGGGAUUAGAAAUUCCAAAGCUAUAUAUAGAAAACUCUCUGAAAGUGGCAGAUAGAACUAGUCUUGGUUACAAUGAUGAAGGUAAAUGAAAGUGUCAGAACAUCUGGACUGAAGGAACAAAGAAGGCCAAAUACCAGGUCUGCCAUAUGUCACAAAAACACUGCUAAAAUUAGCACAAAAGAACACUAUGAGUGUUCAAGUGAUAUUAAAACAAACACUUUUUUUUUUCCUUUUAUAACAUGCCUGGGUGAGCUAAUAUUCAGUGAGAAUACAAUAUGAUUUGAUAAACCUUUUGUUGUUGUUCUGACUUUAUAAAAAGUUUAUCUUUCCCAAGUUGAAAAUUUUAAUUAGAGAAUGAGAAAUAUUUACUCUAUAUGCUAACAUCUGUAAAAUCACUUUUGGGGCCAUACUACAUUCUGUAUUAUUCUUCACAUUGCUCUCAAAUUGGGCUUUAGCUCUAAACAAAACAAGUGCUCAACUUUAGAGGAGCUAAAAGCUUUAUGAUACCAGACUAUCCUUCUUCAGGGAUUUUUCAGAGCAUUGGAACUGGAGAGUCACUUCCAAAGCAUUUGAUGGUGUUCUGCAGCAGAAAUGAAGAUAUUCUCCUGGUCUUUUAGAAAUAAAUGCUUAGGUAGCUUCUAAUCAUCAUGCAGAGAUUUUCAAUUAUGUAGCUAGUUAAUUCAAGUGGAGUCGUUUAGAACAGAAAUUUUGAAAGGAUGAUACAAAACUGAACAAUUUUUAAAACAGAAUUUUCAGAAAAAUAAUUUAGGACAAAAAUUUUCUGUCUUGAAAGUCAAAUUACUUUAUUUUUUUUAUUUUUGGCUGCCCUGCUUCCCAGGCCAGAGAUCAGAUCUGACCUACAUUUGUGGCAACACCAGAUUCUUAACCCAAUGUGCCAGGAAAAUAAUUUUAUUGAUGGAUUCUUUAAGGUUUUAUCCCCUGGAUAUAUCAAAAAAAUUUGUUUAAAAAAAUAAUGUCAAUUUUUUCUCUGUGUUUUUAUUUGUUGCAGAAAAUAUAGAAAAUGUCAUAAAUAAGACAGUUAUGAAUUUUGGCAUUGAGUCAUGGUUAGCAAAUUUGGCAACAAUUUUCUUAAAAUAAUAAACUAUUUUUAAUAAUUCUAAAGGUUAAAGAUAACUGUCAAAUAUACCCUAUUCACACUUGUCUACAUUAGAAUAUAGAUCAAACUUCUCAGAAUAAAGUCUAAGUGAAAGCUAAUUUAUCUUCAAAUCUUUUGAACAAGUAUAAAUAUCUCCACAUGUUUUCUUAUUAGCAAGAAACUAUGCAUUUCCAUAAUUGAGGUUAAUGAAACCUCAAUUUCUAGAACAAUUCUAUUUUUAUUUACUCCCAAGAAGCAUGGCCUUGUGGUCAAUAUCAUUUAUCUUCAAGGCCAGCAAGAAAGUAUGACUUUCUUCUGAGAUUGGGAUGAUCUUUAUCAAUAUAUUUGCCUAUAAUCACUUAAAAUUCAACCCCCCACUUUUUAAAGCUUUUGUUAGUUCAAAUCUCCAUAAUUAAAUUGUAGCAAAUCCCAUAUUGGAGUGCCAGAUUGUUUAACAUGAAAAACUUCCUUCUAAAUUGUAUUUGUGUAAGUUAUCAGGUUAAAAAUCAGAGCCUAGGCUUGACACAGAAUCUCAGAUAAACUGCUUUUGUAUUAUUUGACCAGAAAGUAUUGUCAAAAAGAUAUUAAUUCUUAUGCUAAAUCUCAUUCUAGCCAACAAGGUCCAGAUAAACUAGAUGACUGUAGUCUACAGUAAAUCAGGGAAUUUUUUUAAAAAUUCUUUUUGAUCUUGGUUGUACAAAAAUAAUUAUUAGUGAAUGGUAGCCAAAAUUAUUAUUCCUAUCUUUUAAAUUUGUUUCAAGUGUGUCAACAGGCACUUAUAAAAUCCAUUCCUUUUAUCUGUUUUAUGACUCAAUGACCUGAAAUAGUGAGUACCCAUUGCUUUUGCUUCUAAUGAAUAAAAAUCAUUAUAAAGUAAUCCUUAAAAAUACUUUUUUCCAUACAAAAUGCAAAUGAAUACCUGACUAAAGGAGGUAUCUCAUUUCAGAAGUAUGUAUGAAAUACUUUAGCUAGGUUCAACUAGACUUCAACAAAGAAAAAGAUAGGAGACCAACAAGGAAAUUGAAAAGAGCCAGAAAAAUCACACUUUGCCUACAUUAAGUUGUCUGUAGCCCAACCCUGUUAAACUAGAAGAAAGGCAAAAGUAGACUAACUUAUUAUAGAUUUUUAAACACAAUAUUCAUAUGUAGCAGAAUGCCAUAAAAUUCAGCAUGUUGAAACUUUGAUAAAAUGAAAAAGAAACUAAAGAAACAUGCUAAUAAGAAUAGAAAGAUUUAAAAGGACAAAAAUAACUUCCUACAUUACAUAUGCCCAUCAGUACAGAAUUUGUUUUCUAUUGGGAAAAUUUGUUACUAUGUCUUUAAUCAAUAUUUGCUUUAUGAUCUAAUUAUAUGUUAGCAUAUUUUUAUGCUAAUAAAAAACACAUAAGAUUCCACAUGUCAUGUGACUAUAAAUUGAAUAUCAAUACCAAUAGAGUUUGAUGUUAUUUCUGAAUAAGAUUAUUGAUGAAAUUAAAUGAAUGGGCUAUAUGUAUAGGUAUUAUGUGUAGUAAACUAAUUAGGCCCUUAAGUUUGUCAGCAUCCUUAGCUUCUCUUUUCCACCUCUCCCUUUCUCCUUCCCUCCUGUCCUUGCCUCCCUCUUUCCCUCCCUUCUUGCAUUCUUCUUUCCUUCCUUUUUUUUCUUUCAUUCUCUUAUGAAGUAUGUGAAAAAUAGUAUUUCAUUAUGGCUGAGGCUUCCUUUUUUCAUUCCCACAUGAUUGAAUGUUUUGUGGAUUCAUGAGAUAAGGAAAAAAGGUGAAUACUUAGAUAUAGAUCAUUUGGGCAUAGAAAUGACUGAGACAAUUGAGACCUUGGCUGCCGUAGAAUUGUUACCAAUUAAGAGAAACAUGAGUCUAAAAAAUAUGUUGCUAUUUUUUACUGCAUUUAAACAUGUUUUCAAGAGGUAUCAGAGUCAUCUUUUCUGGACAUUCUCCUAUUUUUUUUGGUCCCUAUAAACAUCUUAAUUGGGAGAAAUUCUCUUAUAUCCAAAUAGUAAUUUUUUCCUUGGGUACCACACUGCUAAGAUUAAAAUAGAGAAGAAGCUUCCUCUAUCUGUAGGGAAAUCACUUUCUAAAAACUACUUCCUAAUAAGGCAAAUACUACUUAAUUUUACUGUUUCUUUAUCUAGAGAUGACCAAAGCAUUGUCUUGCUUCCUGUAAACCCAUCUGUAACUCACUUUGGCAUAGCAUAGUGUUUUGGUUUCUUUUUUAAAGGUUUGAAAAUGUUUACUAUCAAUUUUAUGUCCACUAUAUUGAAAAAGCAAUAUACAAUGUAUUCCAUAUUUCCUAACUCUAUGCCUUUAGAUUUUAGCAUACAGAUAACUUUUGUAACCACAGUUUGGUGUAUUCACUAGAAUUAACAAAUUAAUAUGUUCUUAAGCACCAAAACAUAGGUUUGCUCAUUUUAUGAUACCUGUUUUAAGAAUCAGUCAUUUACAAAUCUCAAUCCAAAACCAUUUUUUUCAGGGAAAAUUCAGUUAUUUCCAGCAGGGUAUAUUGUUCAUCAGGGAAAAAUGGUAACAUAUCUUAUUUAAACAAGCAAUGGUGAGGAAGAACAUGUCCUUUCAUUUUAGGCACACUUACUAACUUUGAAAUCACAAUAAUUUAAACAAGUCUUGAACAAGAUUUAAAGAAUCUUUAAACUCUCAAACUGAAAAAUUUAUUAUUUUCAUUUUUUAUGUUAAUGUAUUAAUAUUACAUUCAAACUACUAAACAAGUUAUCUCCAUGACAUGUUUGUGUUCAUUAACAGAAAAUUAUAUAGAAAUAAUACUUUGUAUUUUUCUCUCUGGAAAGAUUUGCUUCAUUAAGUUAAAUACAUUUGAAUUUUGGUUCUUAUUUCUCAUUUGAAUUUCUUUGUCAUACAUCUCAGGGAUCUUCUAUGCUAACAGAUCAAGUAGUCAGUUAAAUGAAGGGAUAUGAAAAAUUCAGAAAAGUUAAAUUCAAAAGGAAAGAAUUUCUAUUUUAAUCAACCUUUAUUUAUUCCACACUGACAUUUACACUGAAACUGAAAAAAUAAGAAACAGCUUCCAUGUAAAUUGACAUCUAUGAAAAUACAAAUUACUUUCUCCCUGUGAUUUUUCAGUGUCAAGAAGGCCUUUGUCUUGAAAUGAUGGACAAUCUUAAUACUUUUUCAAAUGAAGAAAUAUAACCUUCCAUACCUUUACCAUUUUCUUUUGUUAAGGGAACUGUUUUUGAUAAUGAAUAUAAAAAAAGAAGAAAUAUGGUUGAGGAAAACAGAAGAAUUAAGAUGAAAUUUGAAUAGCUUUAAGCCACAUUCCAUUUUCUCCCUCUAUUUGGUCCCUCUUACUAAGUAAUAGCUAAAGCCCAGAUUGGCAAAUAUAAAAGACUAUUAAUCAUUGUCUCAUUUAAGAAUUUGGAGAUAAGCAAAGGUUACUCCAACUAUAUGGAAAUUGAUUCACAUUAUGAUGGCAGUUUACGACUACCAGGAAAUUCAGGUUAGGUUCAAAUUAAGAAAUUGCUCAUGGAGAGAAAGAUUUUCUGAUUUUCUUAGUGUAGAAUUAACAACUUUUUUCUUUAAAAAAAAUUCCUAAAAAUUUUGGCUUAAAAAAUUAUAAAAUUUUAUAACAGCCACCUGUAACUACACUAUAACUUUAGUAAUCAAGUGACAAAGCUGUCUCAAUAUGCUUUUAAAAUGUACCAAUUAAGUACAUUCCAGAAAUGAUGCAUAUCAUUCUUCAUUUCAAAGUCAACCUACCUGAAUUCUUACUCUUCAACUGUGAGUAUCCAUUUUGAACAACCAAAGAGUCUCAUUUCCCUAACAGUACUUUAGGUAAAAACUAAAACAAACUUGCCUGCUCAUUUCAAUGCAUAAGGUAAAUAGCCAGUGCUUUUCCAUAAUACAUUCCAGUACUAUGUAAUAAUAAAUAGAUUUCCCAAGCCACUUAAUAAAAACACACGGUUAUAAUGUUCAAGGCCUUCAUUCAUUUCCUCGCAUGGGAUAGGUUUUACUUAACCAGAUACCUGAAUUAUUUUAAUGUUUUGUCUAAUUCAUUUGUUGUAAUUUCAUAGGUUCAAAUUUUUGGUUUGGCUUGCAAUGUAAAUAAUAUUGUUCAUUUGCUAGUUUAGCAGAUUAUACUCUGUAAAUCAAUACUUUAAAAAAAUCUAGUUGUCACAAACUUAAAUUACGAUGUCAUCAAAUAACACCAGGAUAUAUACUAAUAUAUCUGUAGGGCAUGGUUAAAUUGAAUAUAUUUUGAAAUGUCUAGUAUUUUUUGUUUUUUAAAGAUGAAUGCAUCUCUUAAACCUGUACCAUUAAUUUUAAAAGUUCAAUUUGGUGUUUCAUAUUAUAUUUUAAGAUAUUUUUCUUUACCCAAUACUAUAAGUUUAGAGAAACAUUUUCUGAUUGAAAAGAUAACAUAUGCCUCAUUUCAAGAAUUUUAAGAAUACUAGUAUGUAUAAAAAUAUGUAAACACAUAUAAGAUUAUAAACUUCCAUUCUAUGUUUUGGCUUUUCAUGUAACACCACUUCUUACUCAUUUGAUUGUGCUUAUUUGUAAUUAUUCUAAAUCAUGCACGAUGUAAAUAGUGUGGUUCAUUAUGCAAAAUGUCGUUGUAUUUACAGACUGCAGAACAAGGUAAAUUUGUAAACUGAGUGAUAAAAACUUGGGUUUCUUAUAAAACAAAGUGGAAAUAACAGUUGUGUGUUAUAUUUAUGUAAUUCAUUACAAAACUGUUUAUGCCAUGCAUUUAUUUACCUUAUAAGACUAAACUGUCACUUAUAAAAUAUUUAAAUCAAUAAAUGAUACCAAAAAGGACACA